CCACCCAUGGGUGUAUAUAUACUCCCUUAUACACCGUCUCUGCAGACCAUUCAGUGGAACUCUGCGACAGACAGCUCACCAGUUUAGGUACUACUGAAAAUCAGGAGAAAAUGGCUCUGACUAACCCCAUGCCCAUGGGCCCUUGGAAGAUCACCGUGUACGACCAGGAGCACUUCCAGGGCAGGCGUAUGGAGUUCACCGCCAACUGCCAGAACAUCAUGGAGUGUGGGAUGGAGAACAUCCGCUCCCUGAAGGUCGAGUGUGGCGCCUGGGUCGGCUACGAGCACUCCAGCUUCAGCGGCCAGCAGUUUGUCCUGGAGAAGGGAGACUACCCUCGCAUUGAGGCCUACAGUGGCAGUAACUCCUACCGCAUUGAGAGGAUGAUCUCCUUCAGGCCCAUCUGCAGUGCUAACCAUAAGGACUCCCGCAUGACCAUCUUCGAGUUGGAGAACCUGACAGGCCGUCAGUUCGAGCUGUCUGACGACUACCCCUCCCUGCAGGCCAUGGGCUGGAUGAACAAAGAGGUUGCAUCCAUGCACAUUCAGAGUGGAGCAUUCGUGUGCUACCAGUACCCUGGAUACCGUGGCUUCCAGUACAUCCUGGAGAGUGACGUGCGUGGAGGCGAGUACAAGUGCUGCCGUGAGUUCGGAUCUCACGCCCAAACCUCCCAGAUCCAGUCCAUCAGGCGGAUCCAGCACUGA